AUCCUUUGUCCAUUUCUCUUUUUUCCUGAAAGAUUCCUUUCAGGAUGAGCACCAACAGCUCCAGCCUGGUUUAUGAUGCAAAGCCCUUGCUCAUUCUUCCUCUGGUGCUGGUCAUCUUCCUCACGGUGAUUGGGAACCUGCUGGUCAUCCUGGCUAUCAUUUGCACUCCUCUGCUCCACACCACUACCAACGUCUUCAUCAUCUCCCUGGCCUUCGCUGAUCUCAUCAUGGGUUGUGUGGUCCAGCCUGUGGGCGCCAGUAUGGUGGUCAGCGGGAAAUGGCUUUUAGGCGACAAGUUUUGUGACUUUUGGACGUCCGUGGAUGUGCUUUUCGUCACGGCCAGCAUAGAGACGUUAUGUGUCAUCGCCGUUGAGCGCUAUGUUGCGAUCACAAGACCUUUUAAGCAUCGGGUCCUCCUUGGGAAGCGCAGAGCUGGCUAUAUCGUCUGCACGGUGUGGAUGGUGGCAUCCCUAGUUUCCUUCGUGCCAAUCAUGAACCAUUAUUCUCGUGCUGAUUACGAGGAGGCAAAAAUAUGUUACAAUAAAUCAGAAUGCUGCGAUUUCCAUACGAAUAGGCCCUACACCAUCUUCUCCUCAGUGGUGUCCUUCUAUGUGCCGCUUGUUAUUAUGGUGUUUGUGUACGGGAAGGUGUUUGUCAUCGCGAACAGACAGUUGAAACUCAUCAAUAAGAAUAGACUCCGCUUUCUGAGCACAUGCACAGAAGACUCUUGUGAAAGUCCGGGUGAAACAGUGCAUGAUUUAAACCAGAGGUCAACGAGGCAUGUUGUGAAAGAACACAAGGCGCUCAAGACGCUGGGGAUUAUUAUGGGCACCUUCAUUCUCUGUUGGCUGCCCUUCUUUUUCUUCAAUAUCAUCAAGGUUUUUAAACCUCUACUGCUACCACAGAAUGUGUUCCUCUUGUUGAACUGGCUCGGCUACACCAAUUCGGGCCUGAACCCUAUCAUCUACUGCCACAGUCCUGAGUACCGCACUGCCUUCCUCACUCUUUUAGGGUACAAAAAACUCAAGCAGUUAAAUUGCAACAAAGUGCACAAACAUCUAUGGACUGUCAGCUCAUGCAUCCAAAGCAACGGUUCUGUAAAAAUGGAUCACUUAGGUCAUGAAGAUCCAUUUGCAAAGGGUGGGAACAGUUGCUCUGACACGUGUACAGAUUUCAAAGAGGAAGAGAUUGAAGCUCAGCCUCAAAGUGACUCAAAUGUGGCAAGGAUCAAUGUAGAAGAGAUGUUAAAGGGCCACUGAAGAUGGGAAACAGAUCAUACGGUAUGCUUUUCAAGAGAAUUAACUGUACUCGAGCAUCAUGCUUUUCAACUGCACCUUGACUGUAUUACAUUUAAACCAUGUGUAAAGAAAAAAACAGCCAAAUCCUUAUAGAGCAGCAAAGCUGAAAAAUUAUAUCGAGAAAAAACCAUGACACAAAAAUACGAUUACUUUCUGACAGCUUUUUGAACUUUGAACAGAGUGAAAUUGGAAACUGAAGUCCUAAACUGUCAUCUCUUUACCUCACAAACCAUCCAAAAAUAAAUCUGUUGUGUGGACAUUUAUUUAUUUUUUUCUUUCCAGUUCAGUCACUACCCAGAGAUGAAAUAAAAUGCAUUAAAUUCUGAAAAAACAAAGUCUAAUUUAAGAAAUAAAUAUUUCGUGCUAGACAAAUAUUCAGAAUCGCAAUA